AUGAGUUUAAAAAUAUCACGUAAAGCGCUUAGUCUCACUGAUAAGUUAUCAAUUUUACACAAAUAUGACUCUAAUCCUUCAUUAGAAAAAACAAAGUUAGCAGAAUCACUUAAUAUAUCAGAGUCAACUUUACGAACAAUUAUUGUCAAAAGAAAAGAAAUAGAAAAACGUGCUAUUGAAGGAUCAAACAAGCGGAAGAAAAUAAAACAUGGGAAGUAUUAUAAUCUUGAACAAAUUCUGAUACAUUGGAUUAACAAAAAGUAUGCGAGUUCUGCGCCUCUUAAUGGUCCUAUUAUUCAACGUCAAGCAUUAAAAAUUGCCAAAUCGUUAAAAAUCACAGAUUUCAAAGCAACAAACGGAUGGUUGGAUCGAUUUAAGAAACGGAACCUCAUUUGUUACCGCUCAGUCACUAGAAAAUGUAAUCCAUUACUUCAUUUUAAAAAUAAACGCAUUAGAACAUGUUGUAAAAAUAAACUUAGCAGAGAACUUCUCAAAGUACUUAUUUGUGCUAAUUCUGAUGGAACAGAAAAAUUGAAUCCACUUGUAAUUGGAAAACCAUUGAAACCUAAACGUUUCAUUGAUAAUGAAUCUUUCCCAUGUGAGUAUUCUGUUAAAGAUACUACAUUGACGGAUAAUGAACAUUUUGGUUUUUGGAUCAAAAAAUUAGAYGAAACCAUGAUAAAAAAUAAUCGUAAAAUUUUACUUAUUGUUGACAAUAGUUCCACUAUUCAAAAAGAUAUUGUGUUGGAAAAUGUGGAAUUAAUAUUUUUUCCACCAUACAUUACAAAGAAUCUUCAACCUAUGAAUUUAGGUGUGAUCAAUGUUUUGAAACAUUACUAUGAAGAGCACCAUCUAAAUGUCUUGAAAAAUUCAGACAUUAAGCAGCUUAACAUAAUAUUAAAUGCACUACGUCAUAUAACUGCAGCAUGGAGUAGCAUACAGCCACAGGUAAUUGCUGAAUGUUUUAAAAAAGCUGGAAUUGAUUGUUUUUCUAAUAAAGUAAUUGAAAAUACUGCUAAUGAACCAAUGGGAUCAAUAAAAAACACUUCAACACAUUUGAAAAAAACUAGUGGAAAAAAUCUAAUGACCAUUGAGCACAAAUAUGUACUAAGUAGUGAAGACUUAGUUAAUAUUGCUGAAGAAGAUGAUAUUGAUGAAGAUUUUGAUACUGGUGAAAAUGAAUCAUUAUCCAAUGCAAUUAAUGCUAUCAAAAUAUUAAGACGWUAUCUCCCAACAUUAAAAGGAAGUGAAGCUGCUAUAGAUGAUAUAGAUCGUGUGGAACAUUUCAUUUUUUCUAAAAUGCCACAUUUAUGA